AUGCGUUCUAAAUCUGUAAAACCGUCUCUGUACCCUCCUGUACCUUUUCAUACCAUCCGCGCAAUUUCCCUACUUUCCUCAGUCAUCGUCGGCAUCAUCCUCGCCGUGUUUAUCUCUCAUCUCAAAAGCGGCGGUUACAAACUUCCCUGGGCCUUCUUACUGCUCGUCGUCUCCGCAUUCCUCUCUAUCCUCAAUUACAUCUUCACUAGCCUCACCCACUGCUGCUAUGGCCUCUCCCCGCGGCUCUCCCUCCUCUCCAACACCAUCCUCCUCAUCCUCUGGCUCAUCUCCCUCGGCCUUCUGAGCUGGAGCAUGUCCCACACCAUCCUCACCACCUGUAACGCAACCUACUGGGCUACCUCCACCGGCAUCACCGUCUGCCGCACAUACAAGGCUCUCUUCACCUUCACCUGCACCAGCACAUUUGCCGCCAUCGCCGCCGUCGCGCUCGACAUCGUCAUCCACAAGCGCCAGACCCGACUAGGCGAAUACGACCCCAUGACCAGCAACCCAGACAUCAAGCUGCACGAGCGCAACAAUAGCGCCAUGGCAGACACCAACGUCAGCGUCCCACUCGACGAUGAGCGGCACUCGCUCCAGGCUCAGCAUCAGCAUCAGCUCCAUGAGAGCCCCUAUGCAGAUCGUCACGGAAUCUCCGAUAUCCCGGGUCCGGAUUACGCGAAUCACCCGGCGUACCGGGUGCCGCCGCCGGUGUACGGGUUCAAUGCGUCGGCGGAGCAUUACCAUGCGGGUGAGGCCCAAGAGUUCUCGGAGACUGCGCCGGCGAGAAGUCAGCGGGGUGGGCCGCGGGUUCGGUUCAGCGGUGUUGGGCGUCCGGGGUAUGGCUAUCCUGCGGAGCAGACGGCUUAUGACCCCGGGGCUUAUCGGUGA